AGGAAUCGACGCUGUUCGUGGGAUCCCUGCACGACGAUGUGACCGAGGCCCUGCUGUGGGAGCUGUUUACCCAGGCUGGACCCGUGUCGUCGGUUUACAUGCCGCGCGACAAGGCGACGGCGGCGCACUCGGGCUUUGGCUUUGUCGAGUUCAAGUCGGUCCUCGACACCGAGUACGCGCUCAAGAUCAUGACCGGCGUCCGGCUGUACGGCUCGCCGAUCAGGCUCUCGCGCGGGGCAUCGGAAAAGUCCAAGGCCGACAUUGGUGCCAACCUGUACGUGGGCGGGCUCUCGCCCGAGGUCGACGAAGCCGCGCUGGGCGGCACGUUCUCGGCCUUUGGUGCGCUCGCCCGCCCGGUCAACGUCGCCCGCAACCCAGAGACCGGCGAGCCGCGUGGCUUUGGCUUUGUUUCAUUUGACUCGUUUGAGGCCGCAGACCGCGCCAUUGCCGAGAUGGAUGGCCAGUUCCUCUGUGGCGCGCAGAUCCGUGUUCAGUACGCGUUCAAGAAGGACGGCGCCCCAGGCGAGCGGCACGGCUCGUACGCCGAGCGCCUGCUUGCUGCCCAGCGGCCAACUGGCCUGCAGCCGAAUACUAUGUUUGCCGCCUCGGAGGGCGGCGUGGUCUCGUCGGGCGCGCCGCUGCCUGCCGCCCCGCCUGCCGCCCCGGCGCCCGCCCCCGGCGGCGCCCAGGCGACCGGCGCCAACUCGGCGCCGCUCGGCAUGCCGCCCACCAUCCGCGGCCUGCCAUCGGUCCCUGCCGCCCCAGCUUUCCCGGGCCUGCCGCAGGUUCCGCCGACCGCCGGCCCCACUCCGAUGGUCAUGGGCCGCAUGCCGCCGCCGCCACAGCAUCCGGGCAUGCGUGGUCCGCCGCCUUCUAUGCGAGGCCCGCCCCUCGGUAUGCGCGCUCCACACCCCGGUAUGUUCCCCAACCAGCCCGGCAUGCACGGCGGCGGCAUGCCGCCGCAGUUUCCCGGCCCGCGUGGCCCAGGUUUCCAGGGCCCCGGCCAGCGCGGCCCGCCGCCACCCGGCCGAGGCAUGUACCGAGGCCCGCCGCCCGGCCCGCGGCGGUGA